GCCGCGGAGGGAGCGCCGGGCGCGCGUGCGAGCGGCCAGCCGGCUGCAUGGCGCGCUGCGAGCGGCUGCGCGGCGCGGCCCUGCGCGACGUGCUGGGCCAGGCGCAGGGCGUCCUGUUCGACUGCGACGGCGUGCUGUGGAACGGCGAGCGCACCGUCCCGGGCGCCCCCGAGCUGCUGCAGCGGCUGGCGCGAGCGGGCAAGGCCACGCUGUUCGUGAGCAACAACAGCCGGCGCGCGCGGCCCGAGCUGGCGCUGCGCUUCGCCCGCCUGGGCUUCGCGGGGCUGCGCGCCGAGCAGCUCUUCAGCUCGGCUCUGUGCGCCGCGCGCCUGCUGCGCCAGCGCCUGCCGGGGCCGCCCGACGCCCCGGGCGCCGUGUUCGUGCUGGGCGGCGAGGGGCUGCGAGCCGAGCUGCGCGCCGCAGGGCUGCGCCUGGCGGGGGACCCCGGCGACGAGCAGCGCGUGCGCGCCGUGCUCGUGGGCUACGACGAGCACUUCUCCUUCGCCAGGCUGAGCGAGGCGUGCGCGCACCUGCGCGACCCCGACUGCCUGCUCGUGGCCACCGAUCGCGACCCUUGGCACCCGCUCAGCGACGGGAGCCGGACCCCCGGUACCGGAAGCCUGGCCGCCGCCGUGGAGACCGCCUCCGGGCGCCAGGCCCUGGUGGUGGGCAAGCCCAGCCCCUACAUGUUCCAGUGCAUCACCGAAGACUUCACAGUGGAGCCCGCCCGCACCCUGAUGGUGGGCGACCGCCUGGAGACCGACAUCCUGUUCGGCCACCGCUGUGGCAUGACCACCGUGCUCACCCUCACGGGCGUCUCACGCCUCGAGGAGGCCCAGGCGUACCUGGCGGCCGGCCAGCACGACCUGGUGCCCCACUACUACGUGGAGAGCAUUGCGGACUUGAUGGAGGGGCUGGAGGACUGAGGCCACCUCCCCCACCCCCAAUCCCGAACACAGCUGCCGACCUCGAGUCACGAUCAGUACCGGGCUCCCCGGCACGGCUGUCCGUACCCCAGUGAAGGGAGGCUGGGAGCCAGGAAGGCUUGUGGGCCCUCGCAGCCCUCCCAGCAGUGGCUGGACGCUGCUCGUCAGAAGCUGGCCCCCCACAUCUUACAGGUUCACCCCGGCCCGUCACCUCCCCUCCUUGAACCAUAUAUGGGCCCCAAAGCCAAAUGGAGAAUUCUUCCCCCCCAACCCUGAGUACUUAAGUUCAUCCUCUUCUUUGGGACCUCUAGACUCUGUCCCUAGGUCCCUGUCGACCAGUCAGAGGUCUAGGGAACUCUAGCCCGUUGCCGGCCUGAAUGGGCCUAUGGAGGAACAGCUGCUGGUAGUGUCUCACAGUGGGCCUUCAGUGGGCCAAGUAGGAACUCAAAAAAUGCCUUGCACCUCCCGGAGCCCCAGAGCACCAGUCACAAGGCAGAGUGACACUGAUCUCUGAAUGUCCACCAGGAGGACAGUUAAUAACAAUCCGCUGGCCUCUUAAAUCCCAAAUAGCAUAAUCCACAAGGCCAAGAGACAGGACCCUGUUGACAAUCCUUGCUUGACCGGAUCAGCCAAGGGACCAGGUCCUACAAGGUAGAGUGAUGGGUGCCUGUACUUAGAGCGCUUGGGAGGCUGAGGCAAAGAGGAUUGCUGUGAGGUUGGCGAGCUGCAGAGCGAGGCCUCAUCUCAGAAAGACAAAGGGCCAACUUCAAAGUCCUCCCCUUCCACGGACUGAUCAGCGGGCCCCUCUGUGGUCCUGGGGUGGUGUGGAGAGGCCCUCCCUCCCACCAUAGUACCGUCCACAGCUUGGAAGGGGGCCCUUACGUUGUCCCCGCCUGCAGUCAGUGUUAGCUGUGCCACCUGUCUACCUGCCCGUCCCCAGCUAUUUAUUUGUUUGUUUAUUUAUUGUGUGCCAGUGAAGGUGGGGGCAGGGCGGGACCUUCCCACCACCUCCACCCCUGUUGUAACCAGUCCUUGAACUUAAUAAAACAUGAGUGGGAGUGUC